AUGGAUGCGUUAGCGGAGUAUAAGGAAAGUGUACAGGAUCGACUUGAUAAGGCUGAUUUAGCGGUACAAGGUGUUUUGAACGAAAAUGUAAAGCUGCAAAGACAGCUGGAAUUAAAGCAACAGGAGAUUGAAUCUCUGAAGGAGCAGCUGGCGUCGGAGCGGAACCGGGCAGAGACAGCGGAGUCUGAAAAGGGGGAUGCGGAGGAACAAAACGAGAUCUUGAAGGACUUGUUCGAGCAGCUAUGUGGAGUACGGAUCCAUAAGACGUACGAGGACGAUCUAGGCCUAUGGUUUGACACGAGCCAGGGGAACAAGCACGGUAUCAUGGACUACAAGCUUGGGUUUGUAAAGGGGAAGGACGAGGAGACGGAAAUAGUGUACGUGCCCUUGCUGAAGCAGAGGUCUGUGCAAGAAUUGAAACAGUUGCAGGAGCAAUUGCCGGAAUAUAUGUUUGAGACUCUCAGUUUCCCGUUAAAGUCGCUGAACCAGUUUUACAACAAGCUUUCGAAGGGGUUGUCGAAGGACGUGUAA